AUGGCGGUGCUCGACGACAUCCGCGACCUGCUCCAGGCCAUCUGCGAGGCGCCGACGCAGCUGCCAUCGCUCGACGAGUACCAAGCGUUCCUCGAUGAGUGGCGGCAGCAGGCCUCUGCGGUGCUAACGACGCUGGACCAGCAGAGCGAGACCGAGACGAUGCGGUCCGACCUCAUGAGCGACACCAUGAGCAUGUUCUCGCUCGACCCGUCGUCGCUCGCAAGCACCACGGACGCUGCGGCCAUUACGCACUUGGACAUUGCGGUACUGCAUGCGUCACCGUUCUUACUGCGCCUGCCCGACAACCGGCUCCUGCCGCUGCCCGAGCUCAACAUUCGCCACGAGCAACGGAGCUUGCACAAGAUCUUCCACGAGAGCAAGCGCGCGCUGCGGACAAUGCAAGGUGUCAUGACGGUCGACUCGCUGCGCGAAGUCCUCGACCGCGACGUCCAGGUGCUGCACUUUAGCGGCCAUGGCGGCGUCGUCGCGUCCGGCCCCGACGCUCUCGUGUUCGAGGACCCGCACGCGACCGGUCUCGGGCAGCUCGUCGAUGCGCACCACCUCUCGUCGAUCCUGCGCGCUGGCUGCGCGUCCACCAGCGUCAAGCUUGUCUUUGUCUCGUCCUGCCACUCGGCCGACGUCGGCCGCGUCUUUAUCAGCGCUGGCGUCGAGCACGUGGUCUGCGCGCGCCAAGACGAACGCGUCCUCGACGAGACGUCCAUCUUGUUUGCGCAAUCGUUCUACCACGCGCUCGUAUACGGCAAGACGGUCCCACAGGCGUUUGAGAUCGCGCAGACCCGCGUCCGCGCCGAAGCCGCCGACGAAAGCGACAAGUUCUUAUUGCUGCAGAGCCCCAAGGUCCACGCUGCGUGCGGCCUCGCCGAGUACGCACACUGUGCGUGCGUGUCGAGCCCGCUCUUUUCGGAAAUCCCGAUCGGGCCCUACGUGACGCUGACGCAGCAUUUACACCACGCGAGUCGACCGAGCAGCAGCAGUCUCCCGCCCAUGCCAUCGGUCUUUCUCGGUCGAGAGAUGGAGCUCCACGCGCUCUGCAGCGCCCUUCCGUCGCAGCGCCUUCUCACGAUCCGCGGCUCACCCGGCAUAGGAAAGAGCACGUGCGCGCUCAAGGUCGCCCACUACCUCGCCGAACGCCACGUGUACGAGCACGGCGUCUUCUUUGUGAGCGCGCGCGGCGUGCAAAGCGUCGAGUCGCUCGAGGCGUCGAUCCGGUCGGCCGUUCUGGCCGAUGACGCGGCGUCGUCGAUGGUCCACGCGCCGCUCUCGUCGUUCCUCCACCAUGUCCUCUUGGUUUUGGACAACAUGGAGGACCCGUACCAAGCCAAUGGCGCGGCUGUUCAGACCUUCCUGCGCUCGCUUCUCGACUCGUGUCCGCAGCUGCGACUCAUUGUGACAUCGCGACUCGCGAUGCAAAUGCCCGACGAGAAGAUCAUGAGUCUCAACCGGCUCUCGAGCGUCCACGCCGUCCGCCUCUUUGUCAAGAAGGCGCCGAGACGGUUGCAAGAAGCCACCGACUACUGCGCCGCGCCCGGAGCGCUCGAAGACCAGCUGCGCGACCACCCGCUCCUCGCUUUCCUCGACGGCCAUCCCCAAGCCAUCUCGCUCUGCGCGUCGCUGCUUCUCGACAAGACGCUACCGGAGCUCACGCAAGCCAUGGUGGCGCCGGACGCGUCGGCGUCACUGCCACCUUUAAUGGCGUCGCUCACCGUCUCGGUCGCGUCGCUCCCGAGCGACGACGUGCGCAAGUUCUUUGCACUCCAGGGCCUAUUUCCCGGCGGCGGCCUCGCGAUGGACUACAAGGCGAUGCUGGGAGCCGACUUUGAGGCCCACGCGUCGCUCCUCGUGCGCUUCUCGCUCUUGCAGAAGCAGUACCCGCAGGCAAAGGUGGUCCGGGACCCGAUCAUGCUCAGCGCGUGGACGCACUACAGCGGGUACGUGGGCGGGCGCGACAAGUUUACGUCCGUGCACCGCAGUCGCAAGGCCAACCAAGAAGAGAAGGUGCAGACCACCGUGUCCCAAGCCACGAUGCUGUCGCUCUCAACCAUCUACUCGACGUUUCCAUUCAUCUCGAGCUUUGCGCGCCUUUGGCUCUCGAAUGAGCCGGUGAUCGGCCAGAGCCUCGAGAAGCUCAGCGCCAAGCAUUUUCAAAAGAGCAUCCGGUGGAUCUACCGCUACAUUGGCACGUUUGGUCCGUUCUCGUCGGCCGCGUACGUGCUCUUUGACAUUCAGGAGCCGAACCUCUGGAUGUGCCUCGAGCGCUUCCUCGAGAAACACCAAGAUGCCGCCACCGACAGUAAGCGCGAGCUCGUGGCGCUGCCCGGCGCGUCCGAUAUGGACGUCAACUCGAGCGAAGACGCGCCGUCAUCGUCGUACACGCACACGGUGACGACAACGACCGACGAUCCGAGCGCCGAACUGAGCAGCGAAAGCAGCGACAAGACCACCGAGCCCAAAAAAGUUGUCCGCAAGAAGCACCGCAAGUCGGACCCGAAGCUCGCGCUGGUCGUGGCCGAUAUGGCGUGCCACUUUGCCCACACGCUGUACCUGGCGGGCCGCCAUGACGGCGCGACCCGGGCCGCGACGCUCGGCAUCGGUCUCUGCAAGCAGUAUGGCUUCCGCGGCGUGGAAGCCAAUUUGCGAAAACUCAUGGGCGUCAUCUUGAUCAACGAAAAGAAGCUCGACGACGCCAAGGCGCAAUUUGGCAUUGCGCUCAUUCUCUACAAGUCGACCGUCUCCAAGAUUGGCCAUGCGACCGCCAUGACAGGCAUCGGCCUCGUGCACUCGCGCCAGGGCAACCUGCGAGGCGCCCACUCGUGCUUUGCAAAGGCGCUGACCAUGUACGAGUGGAGCCACCACGUGGUCGGACAGCUCAACUGCCACCAGCGCCUCGGCCACCUCGAGAAGAAGCUCAAGCUCGGCGAAGAGAGCGACGUGACGCAGCACUACGCCGCGUCUCGCCGACUCCAAGGCGACCUCAACCUCCAUCGCAAGGAAGAUCAGGACGGGCUUCGCUGGGUCGGCCACGAGAUGAGUCUCCUCCUCGAGAUCGCCGACACGCACGUUGCGUCGACAAAGAAGUCAAACCAGGCGCGCUACACCAAGGCGUUGGCCAGCAGUACGAGUACCGUGGCGCCGACCGUCGAGAGCAGCGACGAGAGCAGUUUUGCCAAGCGAAAAACGUACGACAGCUCGCGGCGCCGGUCCAGCGGCAACCAAAAACACCUCUUCCCCGACCCGACGCCCGUCCCCUAA